GUGUUUUGCAGAAGCACUCAGCGGUUACAGAACAGCACUAACACCACCACAUCCAAGCACGCACACACACACACACACACACACACACUCUCUCUCUCUCUCUUUCUUCGAGAUGGUGGACGUGGUGCAGAUUGUGGUUGCCCUGGUGGUGCUGGCGAUUGGCGCAUACGUUGUGCUGUUUGCGGGCAAGAAGGGCAGCGCCAGCGAGAGGAAGGGGCAGGACCAAGACGGCGAGAAGAAGAACAAGAAGAACAAGAACAAGAAGAAGAGCAAAGGCAAGAAGAACAAGACCGAGGAUGACGCGUCCGGUGUGAAGAACAUGUCUCUGAAGCAGCUGCAGCGGCUGUACAUGAAAGGGAAGAACAGGAAGGGCAAGGUGAAGGUCCCCGACCCCACGGAUCCGCUCUUCGUCACGGCGCUCAAGGGCCACACGGAACCCAUUCUCGACGCUGUGUUUGCUCCCAGCGGCACGGCGCUUGCCACCUGCAGUGAAGACCGGACGCUGCGCCUGUGGCCAAGAAAGUCGUUUGAAGGCAGCGACCACAAGCCCAUCUCGUCUCGCAUUGAGCUUGACCACAUCACCCACUUUGCCUUCUCGACAGACGGAAAGGCUGCCGCUGGCGUGCUGGCGCGGGACCAGCAGAUUCGACUGUUCAAAGUCUCCUCCAAAACAGGAUUCACACCCGUCAAAGACAUUGCUCAUUCCCACCGCUGCGGGCGCCUGCCCGGCCACUCUGCACCGACGGCGCACUUUGCAUUCAGCCGCGACUCGGCACUCGCCGCUUCCGUCGCCAGGGAUGGCACGUGGAAGUGCUUCAACAUCAAUGUACGCUGGGAUCUCGAUGAAGACCCGCGACUGCUGAGCGAAAACACAUACGCGCAGCCGUCGUCCGCCCCUCGCAUCGCCAUCAGCAGCUCAAACUACACCCUCUGCGUUGGCUCGAAGCAGACCAUUGAGAUGUUCUCUGUUCACUCUGGCGAGCGCCUUUACGCAAUCACAGACGCGCACGCACCAGGCAUGGACUUGACGCACCUCUGUUACGACAUGGACGAUGAGUUUAUCAUCUCCACCGCAUACACGCGCGUGCAUGUGUGGCGCAACCUUCCGCAAAAGCGCGAGAUGAUUGCACGACUGACUGAGAAGGUCCGAACAGAGAGGAACCAGUCGGGCAAGGACCGCAUCAAGGCGCAAGUUGCGGAGUUGCAGAAGAAUUUGAAGGCGUAUGGGUGGUGA